AUGUCACAACAACUAUUCGGUGAUAUUUCAGUUUUGAUAAUAAGAAGUGCUACUUUAUUUUAUUUUCAUAAAUUAGGCGAAACUGUCGCAGGAUCACUACUCCGGAACCCGAAAGACAAGCUACCAGAAGUGCAGACACCCGGAGUAUAUGAAAUAACGUGCUCUUGUGGUAAAUCCUACAUUGGACAAACAGGAAGAGCUAUUGCAACAAGAAUAAAAGAACACGAAAAAGACGUGGAUUACCAAAGGACAGAAAAAUCCGCAGUAGCCGAACACGCUAAAAACAAAGGACAUGACAUCCAAUUCGAUAAAGUAAAAAUACUAAACAAAGAAACUCAUUUUGGCAAACGAAUCUACAAAGUGGCAAUAGAAAUCGAAAAAUGUCCAGAGAAUUUCAACAGAUAUGACGGAUGGAAAAUAAGCAAAACUUGGUUACCCAUCAUACACCAGACAAAAAUAAAAUCAACUAACAACACUGAAAACAGUUCAAUACAAGAAAAAGUUACUAUCAACGUAAUGGAAAAUUGUAGUACGGUUAAUUUAUUUCCAAAUUCAAAUCAGAUAAUUCUCAAAUUAUCAAAAGAGAUUGAAGAGUUAGACUACUUAAAUUCAAAAAGUGAUAUUGAAUUAAAACUUAAAUCAAAUGAAAUAGUAAAGUUAAAUGAAGAAGUGGAAAACUUAAAAAAUUAUCUGAGUAUAGAAAAAAAUCUAUCUUCAAAUCUAGAAAAAGAAAAAGUAGAGUUAAAAUUACGAGUAAUUACUUAUGUUAAAUGUAAUGAAGAGCUACGGGAACGUAUUAGAGAAGUUGAAAUUGAAAAAGAAGAAAAACAAAAAAUAAUUGAUUGUAAUCAAAGAAAGUUGGAUAACUUGAAGAACUUAAAUGAUCAGAUAAUAAUUGAAAAUAAAAAAAUCAAAGAAGUUAAUUCAAAAUUAGAAAAUAAUUAUAAACUACAAAAAACAGAAGACAACUUGAUUGUUCUCAAAUUAUCAAAAAAGAUUCAAGAGUUAAAAUAUUUAAAUUCAAAAAUUAAUAUUGAGUUAAAAAUGAAAUCGAAUGAAAUCAUAAAAUUAAUUGAAAAAAAGCAAGGAUUAGAUGACUUCAAAAAAAAUAAGGAACUUUCAAUAAAUAAUGACGUGGUUAAUAUCCAAGAUUUGCACGAAAAAAUAAAUACUCAAAUUAAAAUAAUUAGUGAUUUAGAAAACAAGUAUGAAAGAUAUAAGAUGUAUGUAAACUGUAUCUUGAAAAUGUAAAGGGAACAUCACAAUUUAAAAUUAUGUUAAGACGUCAAAUUUAUAAUCUUAAUAGAGAUCUUUUAAACACGAAAAAAUUAUAUAAGAAAUCACACUGAGACAGAUCUUUUAAGACAAACAACACAAUCUUCACCAACUAGCUUUUUUAUGAUAAUGAUUAUAAUCACCGACAGAUUAAAUCUAUUCUGGGUCCAACUAUGUCACGUCCAUACUGUGCCACGACUUCACUGUACUACCGUUGUUAAUUAUUUAUAUCUAUAUAUUACGACAAAUGGUAUAGUCAUAUAUGAAAUGGGUAAAUAUAUCAUUAAAUAACCUCGCUUACAAAAAAUAAAAAGAUUUAAAUGUUAUAAAUAUUUUUAGCUUUUAAUGUCAAUGCAAUAACAAUAUUAAAAAGCUCUUUCCAAAAAAAAUGUUCUAGUAUCAAUGGUUUAGAAUAAGCUACAACCUAUACUCAACUACUACACCGCGACCCAACUGAGCUGGGUUUUAUUUUAAACUUACAGACAGACAUAAAAAACCCAUCAUAAUAAAACUAAUAUCUUUUCAGAUUCGCAACGAAAUUAAAAAAAAAAAUUAUCAUAACAUCAUUUUCGUAAAUUACAUCCACUGAUAUAUCACUGAUUUAGUGGCAAGAAAGUAGAGUAGAGAAUGUGUGUAGCAGAGAUGAGAAGGCUUGAAUGAAUGGAUGGAGUGACCAGAGAAAAUAAGAUAAACAAUGAAUAUAUAAAAGGAAGUAUAGAUGUAACGUAGAUAAGAUGAGAAAAAUAGACUUCAGUGGUUUAAUCAUAUUAUGAGAGAGAAAUCAGAAGUUGUAAAAAUGGUUAUUGAAAUGAACGUUGAAGGAAGAAUAUAAAAUAAAAGGCAAUUAUAUGUAAUUUGGCGUGAUAUGAAGACUAUUGACGUGCGUGUAGAUUAUGUGGGUGAUCGUAUCAAAUGGAGGUUUAGGAUACGGGGAUCGAUUCUAAGUAGUUUAGAUAAAGGCGAUGGUGAAAAAGGAGAAUAACAACUAUCCAAGUGACUGAUUAAAAAUUAGUCUUAUGAUAGUAGUAUUCAUGAGUUGAUUGUUUAAUUGGUAUAACUGGCAUGAUUAGAUUAAAUUUUGAUUAUGUAUCAAACGGUAACGAAUUUUUAUAAGCAAGUGCAAUAGCGUAACUAGGAUAUUUGAUUGGGGGGAUAAAGAUUUUUUUUGGGGUGUUAACAUUAAUAAUUGACCAGUGGUAGAAUCUAUAGCCCUCAUUCUCUAACUGUGCCACUGAGCAUGUGAUAAUAGAACAUAUUACACGAUAUUUAAUAACUUUAUAUUCUACAGUACUACCAGUAUAUAUAUUUUAGCAAUAAAAAAAAGAUAAUAUCAUACUUAGAUAAAAUGAUUUUUGAUGAGUAAUAAAAUAAAUGUUAUCAUGUUCAAAUAUCCAGUAUAAGCAGU